AUGGAAGUAAGAUGUCGUCCCGCGGUGAUGUGUUGUUUCCUCGCCGUCCUCUCCUCCGUGAUUCCCCGCUCCGUGGCUUCGCCAUCCGUGGACAGACAAUAUCUAAACGAGUGGGCCGUCGAGAUUCCGGGUGGACUGGAUGCGGCGGCGGAGAUCGCCCGAGAGCUGGACUACCAACUGGUCCGACAGAUUGGGGCCCUGAAGGACCAUUUCUUGUUCAGACAUAGCAAACAUCCCCGCAGAAUGCAGCGAAGUGCCACGCACGUCACCAGGCAGCUGUCGGAGGAUGAUCGGGUGGUAUGGGCAGAGCAGCAGUAUGAGAAACGGCGCAGCAAGCGAGCAUCCCUUGGGCGUUGCAGGGACUGCCCGGCUGACAAGCUGUUUGAUGAUCCCAUGUGGAACCAGCAGUGGUACUUGCAAGACACACGCACGUCGUCUUCCCUUCCAAAGCUGGACCUGCACGUGAUCCCAGUGUGGCAGAAAGGGAUUACGGGCAAAGGAGUGGUCAUCACUGUUCUGGAUGACGGACUGGAGUGGAAUCACACCGACAUCUACUCCAACUACGAUGCAGCAGCCAGCUAUGACUUCAAUGAUAAUGACCCUGACCCAUUCCCCAGAUACGACGCCACCAAUGAAAACAAGCAUGGAACAAGGUGUGCUGGCGAGAUCGCCAUGCAAGCAGACAAUAAUAAAUGUGGUGUUGGUGUGGCCUUCAAUUCCAAAGUUGGCGGCAUUCGCAUGCUGGAUGGAAUUGUGACAGAUGCUAUUGAGGCCAGCUCUAUUGGCUUCAAUCCAGAGCACGUGGACAUCUAUAGUGCAAGUUGGGGACCCAAUGAUGAUGGCAAAACUGUUGAGGGCCCAGGUCGUCUGGCUCAAAAAGCCUUCGAAUACGGCAUUCAGAAGGGCCGAGGUGGAAAGGGCUCAAUCUUUGUUUGGGCAUCAGGUAACGGUGGUCGCCAGGGUGAUAACUGUGACUGUGAUGGCUACACAGACAGCAUCUACACUAUCUCAAUCAGCAGCGCCUCUCAGCAGGGCUUGUCUCCGUGGUACGCUGAAAAGUGCUCUUCCACUCUGGCUACAGCGUACAGCAGUGGAGACUACACUGAUCAGAGGAUUACUAGUGCUGAUCUACAUAAUGAGUGCACUCAGACUCACACCGGAACGUCGGCCUCAGCCCCGCUAGCUGCUGGAAUAUUUGCCCUGGCACUGGAACAAAAUCCAGAUCUGACAUGGAGGGACUUGCAGCACGUUGUGGUCUGGACGUCAGAAUACGAUCCCUUAGCCAAUAAUCCAGGUUGGAAGCGGAAUGGAGCGGGAUUGAUGGUUAACAGUCGCUUUGGUUUUGGACUUCUCAACGCCAAAGCCUUGGUUGACCUUGUUGACCCUGCAACUUGGAAGCAUGUGCCAGAAAAAAAGCAGUGCAUAGUGAGGGAUGACUCUUUCCAGCCCAGGGACUUGAAAGCAGCUGGGGAAACCACCAUAGAGAUUCCAACAAAAGCCUGUGCAGGGCAGGAGAACUCCAUUGGUUCACUGGAGCAUGUGCAGGUGGAAGCCAGUAUUGAAUACACCAGGAGAGGCGAUCUGCAUAUUACACUCACCUCUCCAGCUGGCACGAGCACAGUGCUACUAGCUGAACGUGAGCGCGAUACGUCCUCUAAUGGUUUUAGAAACUGGGAUUUCAUGUCAGUCCAUACAUGGGGUGAAGAUCCUUCUGGUACUUGGACCCUCAAGAUAACAGACACUUCGGGCCGAAUGGAAAAUGAGGGUCGGAUUUUGAACUGGAAACUGAUUCUCCAUGGAACAUCUGAGAAGCCGGAGCACAUGAAGAAGCCUCGAGUGUACAUUCCCUACAACGCUGUGCAGAAUGACCGUCGUGGUGUGGAACAUAUGGAUGACAUGAUGGAGGAGCCGACUCCGGCCCAUCCAUCUCUGAAGACUAAAGGACAAGCCUUGGCUUCUUCUGAUGCAGGAACAAAACCCCAGCAGCCAGCAAACACACCAUACUCCCCCACACAGGCCUUGCUGCGUCUUCUGCAGACAGCCUUUAACAGGCAAAGCCCCACUGCCAAGCUGCCCCAAUCAGUCAGGGGCUGGCAGCAGCCUGGAAGGAUUUCCUCUCUACUGGCAACAAAAACCCCACCACAGAAACUGUAUCAAGCUCUGGACAUUAUCAACAAAUAUGGUGGCCUCGGGCAAAGUGUCUACAAUGACUAUAGUGAUGGCUUUUACAACAGCAAGCCAUACAGGCAUAGAGAUGAUCGCCUGCUGCAAGCUCUGUUUCAGAUGAUUGAUGAUGAUGACUAG